AUGUCUCGAGUAGCGGUCCCCUCGACCUCUUCUCUCGCCCACAUCUCGUCACGGGCCAUCCCUUCAAAGACCUCCCGCUUAGCGACUCGAUCCUUCGCCACUGUUCAAGAUGGAGCUGCUCCUAAGAGACAAUACGGUGGAUUGAAGGACCAGGACCGUAUUUUCACCAAUCUUUACGGUCACCAUGGUACCGAUCUCAAGUCAGCGAUGAAGUAUGGCGAUUGGCACAAGACGAAGGAGAUGAUUCUCAAGGGUCAUGAUUGGCUCAUUUCCGAGAUUAAAGCUUCCGGUCUUCGUGGUCGUGGUGGUGCCGGUUUCCCCUCCGGACUCAAAUACUCUUUCAUGAAUUUCAAAGACUGGGAUAAGGAUUCGCGACCACGAUACCUCGUUGUCAACGCCGACGAAGGUGAACCAGGAACCUGCAAGGACCGAGAAAUUAUGCGCAAGGACCCCCAGAAACUUAUUGAGGGAUGCUUGGUUGUCGGUCGUGCCAUGAAUGCUACUGCCGCUUACAUCUAUAUCCGUGGUGAAUUCUACCAUGAAGCUACCACACUUCAGCGUGCUAUACAGGAAGCUUACCAAGCUGGUUUAAUCGGCAAGAAUGCUUGUGGAACCGGCUAUGAUUUCGAUGUCUACCUUCACCGUGGUGCGGGCGCCUACGUCUGCGGCGAGGAAACAUCGCUCAUUGAGUCUCUUGAAGGAAAGGCUGGCAAGCCUCGUCUGAAGCCACCUUUCCCUGCUGCCGUUGGUUUGUUUGGUUGCCCCAGUACAGUCACCAACGUUGAAACCGUCGCUGUUGUUCCUACUAUCGUGCGCCGCGGCGCCAGCUGGUUUGCCGGUUUUGGUCGUGAGCGUAACCAAGGUACUAAGCUUUUCUGUAUCUCUGGCCACGUCAACAACCCUUGCACCAUUGAAGAAGAGAUGUCUAUUCCUUUGCGUGAAUUGAUUGACCGCCACUGUGGUGGUGUUCGUGGUGGAUGGGACAACCUUUUGGCCGUUAUCCCUGGUGGUUCAUCUACUCCUAUCCUACCGAAGAAAAUCUGCGAUGACCAGUUGAUGGAUUUUGAUGCUCUCAAGGACUCCCAGAGUGGUCUCGGAACAGCUGCCGUCAUUGUCAUGGACAAGUCCACCGACGUUGUCCGUGCUAUUUCUCGUCUCUCUCACUUCUACCGCCACGAAAGUUGCGGACAAUGCACACCUUGCCGUGAAGGUAGCAAAUGGACACAGCAGAUCAUGCACCGAAUGGAACACGGUCAAGCCCGCGAACGCGAGAUCGACAUGCUCCAGGAGUUAACUAAACAAGUUGAGGGACACACGAUCUGCGCCUUGGGAGAAGCCUUUGCCUGGCCUAUCCAGGGUUUGAUCCGACACUUCCGACCUGAGCUUGAGGCUCGUAUUAAGAAGUACGAGGAGGAACAUGGCAAGCAGCCUUUCGCUGGCGGUUGGGCUCCACAGACCAGGGAUGAGGGCAAGCUCAUUGCACCGGGUCAAUAGAUUCUCUCGCCCUGUUUGUUUAGAUUGGUAUUCAAAAGCAAGGCCAACAAGAUGUAGAAUUGAUGCGAUCUUUUUUUUUUAUACUGUACAGUCUUAGUUUC